AUGCCGAGCAAAAGAAAUUGCAUCCGAAAUUAUGUUGGAAGUAGCAGUAGUGUGAUUAAAAGAUGUAAUGUAACAAAUGGCAAGCUGCUUAAUGCCACGAAAAGUGAUAUUAUGGAUAAGACAAACUCAUUAUGUACUAAGGAUUCAUUUGCUUCUGCUAUGUCAUUACAAAGUUUAGACGAUGUCGAUUUUCGGAAUUUAUUAAAUUCUGCUGCAAAACCACAGUAUGGCAGUCUUCAACGAAAAAGCAUGAAAUUACAGAAAUCUGUAAAAUAUGAUAGUCGUCGUCUCAGUGAUACAGUACAAGAUAGUAGUCUAUCAGUGAAAGCAGAUAAUCUGCUAGCACAAUUUCGUCGUGAAGCGCAGCUGAAUCAGUUGAGUGCUGAUAUGGGUUAG